GAAACUCUUGUAUUGCCGGUAAACCGGUAAAUGAGUGUUGCGUCACUGUAUGGUGGGGUUUUUUGAUUUUCAAUAAAAAUCGUUCCCGUACUAUUGAUUUCAUGCGCCGAAAAAUGAAUUUUUAAGUUUGUUUUAAAUAUUCCAAUGUUUAAUGUAGUGCUAGAUAUUUAAAGGGCAUUUAUCUUUUUAGAACAAAUGAUCGUUUCGGAAGAAACUGAAACAACCUUGUGAUGAGCAAUAUGUAUUUUAAUAUCACUUUUUUACAAGAGUCUGCUUCAUUAUAUCCUGUUAACUCAGAAGGACUAUUGGUGUCUACUCUGUUUGUCGUUUAUUUAUUUUAUUAUAUUCUACGUGUUGCAAAACAUCCCAUACUAGUUUGUCAAGAUGGAAAUUUCAAAUCCUUUCUGUUAGAUUCAUGUCCUGUACUUCAAUACCGAUAUUGGCCAACCAUUUGGAGUUUUGGAAGUCAUGCUCAAACAGCUAUUGCUAACAUGGCUCGUGGCAGACUACCUGAUUUACCCUAUAAAAGAGAAAUUCUGAAGAUGAAAGAUGGAGGAAUUGUAGCACUGGAUUGGCUAGAAGCAGAUAAUACUAGGCAUAUUGUGAUAUUUUUACCUGGUGUAACUGGAUAUAGUCAAACUGAAUAUGUAAAAAGUUUAGUCCCUAUUGCACAAAAACUUGGAUGCAGGUCUGUUGUAUUCAAUAACAGAGGAAGAGGUGGUGUUGAUAUACUA